AUGUCGCGCGAUCUGGAGCGAUUGAUAGAGUCACUUAUUACUGACAUUUCAUGCUACGGCGACUUGGGAUGCACCGUUUCUCAUGUACUUGAAUCACUCAGCAUCUUUUAUAAAGAUGCCCAAGAGAAAAAUAAUGAGUUCGGACAAGCUUCUCAGUCGGUCUUGGCGGAGACCAAUCAACUUUUAUGGUCCACGGCAUGGGAUUGGCUAAGGGCAAGGAAAGAUAUUUCAGUUGGAGUGAACCGAAAAUGGAACCAUCUGUCUUUGUCGGACAUUCUCGACAUCCCAGAUCCAGAUUCACAGGAUACAUCUGCAGUCGUUCCCACCUCCUCGACAGCACAUAAUGACAGGAUCAAUACUUCAGAUACAGGUGACGCCAAAUCCAAAGAACAAAGCCAACUCUUCCUGCAGCUGGGCCUGCCCCGCAAGCGACCUCGGAUGUAUGUUUCUGAGGAUCGCAUGUGGGAAUCGAUCGCCGGUCAUGCUCCGGAUUACCGAAGAGUUCCGAGGCUAGAAUGGAUGGCCUUGGUUGGUAUUGCAUCUACGAAGCAGCACGGUAUUUUGCAGGGCGACUUGGGCCGGCUUGUGGGCCAAGACAAGCGCUCUCUGCCAAAGAGAACCGAUGCUCUUGCGGAGAAAGGCUAUAUCUCAAAGCGCACGACUCUUGUACGGGGCACCAAAACGAGCAAAAUGUGGCUAGCCCGUUUUGCUCCAGCACUUCCAACAGAUCCCACGAAAGCUGCUGCCGGCAUUCCAACCACAGUUGAUAUGUCUCGAGAUGCUCUCGCUCGUGACCUCGAACCUGUUCCAUGGCGUGGAAGGUGGAUUGGGGACUCGGUCGACUACAUUUCUUUGGCACAAACAAUAAUGGCUGUUGUGAAAGCCUAUCGAAUCAUUAGAUAUCACGACCUGCGAUGCAAAUUAGGAAUCUUGGGUCUCAGGUGGCAAAUGAAGGUUGCUGCAAAGACAUGCCGAUUCUUUGUCCAAACUGGCGCUAUUCAAUACGUCGGUGCUACUUUGUCCGGCAAGUUAUUUAAGGACUGCCUCAAAUUCGACCAUGAUCUCACUCAUGAGGACUGGGCGGCUUACUUGGCUACUGGAAAACAAAAGAGCUCUUCAUUGUCCACUGACGGCCUUGGAGGUACUGACUUUUACUCCGUCGAUGGGGCCCACUCAUCAGCGCCAAUUACAGAUGCCACGACAGAUUCAACGUCUAGCACUCAUCGUACAUGCAGCACGAAGCGUAUGGCCACUUGGACGGCUGACAAGCCCUUAACCUCCACUGUUUUUGACAAUAUCCUUGGGGCCGGCACCACGGGCCUCUCAAACAAACAGAUAGGUGACUCGACUCUGGGCUCAUCAUUCAGAAGGUAUCUCUCCUCUAUUUCAUCGACAUUGGCUAUUUCUACGCUUCAGCCGAGGCACCUGAGCCAUUUCCAAGUCCUGAGUGAAAUGCACCGCAAGGGCAAGUCGCAACAGUACCGAUACUUCGCUCCACAAUUGCAGGAAAAGACAGAAGAUAUUCCAGCUGAAGAGAACGGAAAUGAAGUGGAGGCUGCCGAUAACCAGCUUAUAACUAAUUCAGUCACUAAGGAACAGUCCACUAAAGGCCUCGGCCCCUUGUUUCCGAUACCUGCUGUUACACCAGACGCUGCUCACGCUGUUAGAGGUUUAACGUAUCUAGCCCAAGGCCCUGGUAAAGGAGCAAGUGCUGGUGGCUUGAAGCGUAAGGCUGAUGCUUUACAUUCUCCGCGUGCAAGUGAAACUCAAGAUGUUGGAUGUCGGCGUGCGAAGCGGGCAAGAGUAUCCGGCCAGACGCACAACGAAGUUCAGGAUGAUGAUAUCUCGUCAAUGAUCAGUGCAGAGCCUGUUCUUGCAUCAUCUCCAAGAUUGUCUAGUCGCAACUUGAGAAGCCGACUGUUGGCUGAUGCAAAACCAAUCUCGUUGGUGGUGACAUUAAAAGUCAAUCCGCGCGUGUUGUUUGAUAUCAUGCGCGCGGAGACAAGACACGCAGACGGCGAGAUGACGACGCAACAUAUCGAGGCAGAGUGUGUAAACGAGGCAAUCCCGCAUCCUUUGGCACGACCCAAGUCAGAUACAUCGUUGGCACAGGGUACAGCUCUUAGUCAAGAACUACCAAAAAGCACUGCAGUUCUCAACGAUGUCGCCAUUGAACAAGAGUCAAUAACUGUAGCUCAGAGUGGCAUCGAUCAGGACUUUGAAAUGGACGCGUCCCAGGUCUUGGACGAACAUCCAGCUGGAAAUUCCCCAGUAAGACGCGGAGGUCGACGGAAGCAGAAAAGCACACACAAACGAGGACGCUCCGGCCUUGUCAAAUGCGAAAAGUGUGGGGGAACAUGGAAGAAUGAUGUUGGUCUGAAGUACCAUCUCGAGAAGUCUCGGACGACCUGCAACCCGAACUAUGUUCCUCCGGCUCCAGGCUCUACGGCAACCCCCGAGUUUAUCAACAGGCGAUCAACUUCAACAAAACAUGUUGUCGCACCUCGCCAGGUCAAAUCUCGGCAAACAAAUAUGACCACUACCGCAACAGUUGAAAGCCAUGCAGGCUCGCAAUUGCACAGUUGUUCACCAGAUGGUACUAUUUCUGAUCUGGACAAAUCACAAGGCCGAGGAGACUUGACAUUUGGUCCAGGCAACGUGAACGACCUAGCCUCAACUGGUAGCAACGUGCCUAGAGACAGAAGUAUAAGGACGUCGCGACCAAGGUGGUCGAACAUAUCCUCUGAGAUGAGAUUUGGGUCCCGAAAUCGUACGGCCGAACGGCGCUUAGUCUCCAAGUCCUUUCAAACCCUUCAGCCUCCGGUAUCUAUCAUCAAAAACCAUGUGUACGGCCUAAUCGACGAUGCAGCUGUCAGCGUUAGAGACAUGCCUGCACAGCAUGCCCCUACUCAGACAUCAUUCCGGCGUUCACGACUUGAUGAAAUACCAAGGACAAGCAUAGCAAAUCGCCGCGGCAAGUCGUUGGCGAGCAACGCUGAAGUCGACGAGGCAUCACCAACAGCGUCCGUUGUGGAACGCUGCAGCGAUGGGCGGCAUGACUCGACCCCGAACCCUGAUAAGAAGGGUCUAGCGCAUGGUCCAGGCACAGAAGGCGCACAACCAUUAUCCACUCCUGCAUUUGAAUUGUCACAUGCGGAAGCAGUGCGCGCCAGUAUCACCGCUGGUGGAGCUACGGCAGGCCAGGUAUCUGACGUUAUGGAAAGGAUUCUUUUGCAUAUCCUUCACACAAACGGCGGGGUUUUCCCGGGCGGUCGUUCCGUAUGGUAUGCUGCGCUUGCCACAUGGGAAACUGCUUUCCCAGCUGAACACCCUCCAGUUCACCAGUGCUACAAGGAUGCACUGGCCAAGCUGGCUAAGGGAAAGCAGAUCAUCGUCAGCACUCAUGCCUUCAAAGAUUCCAGAGGUAUGAUGGCAAACUACCAGCUACUCAGAAUUCCUCAGGUUGAGACAUCGUCUUCAGUGGCUGUUGCCAUGAAAGCCAAGAUUAUAGCAGCUUAUCCCAAGGCAUACACACCGCUGGCAUUUACCCCUAAGGUCGGGUUAACUGACGAGGACAAUAAUAAUGCACAGCCUGUCUUUUCCAGUCGGCGAAAACUUGUUCAAGGCAUCGAGGUGCUUGAUGCACCUUUUUACGCCAACAAAGCAGCGAAUGAAAGGCCACCAGCCCCUUGCGAUGGUGGUAAUCAGACCCCACGAAAACGUAAGAGGAGGAUGGUUACAAAAGAGCAAAUUACGCACACUGAGGAUGAAGGCCCCGAUGGUACACGACGCAGGGACGUGUUCCGCUUCUUCAUGGAUGGUGACGGGGUAGCACGAAAUGGAACAGAGAGCUCUAGCUCACCAGGCGAUCCAGAUGGCGGGUUUAAAACUACAUUGGUCUUCCUGAAGCCCAAUACUUGUUUAGGGCAGGAAGUAUCGGAGGAUGCCAGACGCGCGUUGUUGCCCCCCGGUUAUCCAGCCUCUGAGCCAACAUACCCUAUAUUUAUGGCUGAAGAUGCAGUGCCAAGUAGCUACAUCGUUAACUUCGCCGAAACGAAUACCAUUGUGGGUAGCAACGGUGCCUGGCCUGCCUCCAACAAUGAGCUAUUUGAAACUGAGGAUUGCAGCCUGACCAUCCGCGGUUGGAUGCCAGAUUCUCGAUGGUUCUUGAGGCAGAACUUACCACAGGACUUGGCUGACAUGGUUAAAUGGCGUGGUCGACCACGAUCGAGGUUUCCUACCAGCGAUCAGUGCUCAGAGUUUGCUGAACAAGUUGAUGCCUGCUUUGACUGGGAGUUAUCGAACGAAGGGAUGCGGCUGAUGCUAGCAGAGUCAAUAGCUCCAGACCACAUUUUCAUCAAUCUCGGAGUUCAAGACUUCCCAGCCGAAUGGCAGAAUCCCCCUCUUCAGUGGAGCUCGUUCAACCAGCUAAGUCCGAGUGCUUUGUUCGAUUUGCAUAUUUCGGAGCCUGCAACAACCAUGACCGAUCGCCUCUGGGGUGGUGAUCUUGGCCGACAGAGGAGACGCAAACGAAGACAAAAGCAACCUGGCACUGAAACUAAAGAACUUGUUGUUGGCAUAGAUCUAAAGAUCAGAUCACUUAUAACCCUGCCUAAAGACACAGAUUUGAGAGACGGGCCCAGGCGAGGUAGCGGGCUUGACGAGACCAAUGAGACGGUCCUAAUAGCAGCGUUUGUUGUAACCCGGACCCUGCUAGGUGGCGCCGAUAGAAUUAUUGAAUGGGGCCUGAUGAUGACCUUAUUUCCUGACAUGGCGCUUAGCGCCAUGAGACGAUUCUGGUCCAAAGCUCGAAAAGAUCGGAGAACGUUCAUCAACCAACUUACCGAACGUUUCCAGAUUCAAUUCAUUUCCGCCUAUGAGAGUAACGAGUUCCCGCCAAUCGACUUCGACAAUUACGUUGACUAUGAUUGGGCUCGUUUAAUCAAGUGGACUGCCGGCCUGAUUGAAGAUUCGGUCGAAUUGCCUGCUAGCAAGGUCAUCUUGGACCACGAAUACUCACUUGCCCCAGCUUGGGCGGAUGUCGAUAACUGGCGUGACGACUACUACAACUUUCAGAUGUCCGUAUUCAACAGAUUUGAGGCUGCUACCUCACGUCCGGCAACUUCCCUCAUUGACAGAAAUAACACGUUUGCCCAAGAAUCGAAUGCAAAUGACUUGGUGACGGCCAUGUCCUGGCUUCGCUCUCUUUGUUACACACCGCGCGACAAAUACGCACCCCAGGACAUCAGGAAGAAGAUGGCCAGUAUAGGAGGCGGGGACGAGGAGCGUAUCCAAUUAAUGCUUGAGCAAGCGGUUGAGGUCCUUCAGGGUCAGGGUGUUAUAACGGAUAGCAAGUUGAAGGCACUUGAGGGACGCCCGUACCGGCUCACGGAGACUUUCCUUCCAAGGUUCAUGAAAUGGACGCAUGAGCAUAAAUUCUUGGAUGCAGCGAGGUUCAAGUCCCGUCUUGACAGUAGCUUUCGACGAGGCGAAAAAAUCCGCAUUCCCUACGUACUGAAGGAUGGCGAAGUCAUGGCAAUGAUGAAUAUGCAGUCCAGUGGGAGAGUUGCUGUUACAACAAUUGACGUCCCCAGUAUUCCACUUGGGUUUGAUCCGGGCAACUACGAAAGCAGAAAAUAUCCAAAGUCAUACUACAACUUUGGUCUGGAAAUAGCCCCAACUAUGGCUUACGUUUACGAUGAAAAUUUGGAUGUCAUCCGAAAGGCCAGAAACAAUAUGCCUCCACGGGAGAGCCAAAAUCGAGCCGUUCCAUUGUGGUCCGACUUCUUCGGUGAGCUUGACAAAGAACGCUGGUCCCAGGUCCUUGGCGCAGUGGCAUUUGUCGUAGCGACUCGGGGUCCUCUAGAUGUUUCUUCUGUCUGCACAGUGUUAAAGCCAUACCUGCAAGAGUUCGAGGUUCAAAUGGUGUUUGAUUGGGGAAAACGUAACGGUGUAUUAAAAGAGAUGACACACGGAACAAGUUGCACAGUAGACGAGUGGUGGUGGCUUCUUGUGGGACGGCAACGAGACAUCGCUGUAUAG